AUGGCUCCGUUCGGCUCCAUUCUUGAGCUGAAGCAUCACAUUGUCUCCUGUCACGGACGUAAAUCAAGAGGUGCCCAGUGCCGUCGCUGCAAGUUGGAAUUCGACACCGAGAUCGGCCUCGAGCGCCAUCUGUUGCUGCCCCGCGAUCAGAUGUGCGAGGUGCAGGCAUCCUCCGUUGAAGAUCCGGAAAGCGGGAUAACGGGCGAGAUUGCGGGAGUACUGAUGGCGAGGGAUGGAAGCGGCGAGACAUGGAGCUGGGAGGGACUUUGGCGCCUAGUCUUCCCUGAUGACGUGGAAGUGCCGGAGCCAGACUUCCAACCUAUUGUCGAACUCGUCGAGGUAGAGCAGGUCUUUGAGGAGAGCCAGGAAGCCCUGAAAGCCAGCUUGCGAGAGACGCUUGGCUUGCUUCUUCCCGGUGUCACCGACAACGACUACCUCAACUUUCUUACAGGACAACUAGAGCUUGUCUUCGAAACGCACCGAGUCAACAUCAUGAAGCAGUCAGCGAGUCGGUGUUGGUCAGCCACAGGCGGGGAACAGCUCCAGGGCCAGGGUUCUCAGAGACGACCAGACCGCAAAUCAAAACGGAACACCCUGCUCAAGUCCAUACAACGCAGCACACAGGAUGCCGCGACAAGUACCGCUGUCAACAAACACUUCCGCUCAAGGAGCCCUCGAGACACAGCCGCCUCGUUCAGCGAAAGGAUCUCUCGACGCAACAUGACACCGCAGACAUAUGAAGUCGUCGCAUCUCACGACAUAAACAACCCGACGGCGUCGACCGACGAGCAAUACACCUCCAACCCUCGCGACUCCUGUGACUCAGGCAUCGGCAUACCCUGCGACAAGUGCACAACAGAGCAAUGCAGUUGCAGGGAAACUCGGCACUCCGAGGACGAUAAGGCCGGCACACAUAAGCUACGCCGGGAAACAAAGGAGCCAAACGAGAAAGAACCGCAAACCCAGAGCCGUCCGAGGCUGAGUAUCAGGACCGAAGGGAACUGGGUCACCGAGGUCAUGGGUAUGGAAGGGACGGCCGUCUCGGGCGGCCGCUUCUCGCCCGAGUCGUUCAAGCAGAGGCUGUUGAGGAAGCAGUUUACGAGCGCUUAG